CACCGAUGAAGGCGGUAUCUGAACCCUCCCUCUCUCUCUCUCUCUAUUCUCUCCCUCCUCUUACCCUACAUCUCUAUCAGAUGUUGGAUAUCGACUGAAGAUUGAAGAGGAUACCCCUGCUCCGGCCAUGCGAUCCUUCUGCUGGCUUUCUCUGUUCAGCUGGCCAGCCAGCUACGCCGCCCCGCUUCCAUUUCACCUCUUUCUCCCGGUGCCUUCGUUCCUUUUCAUCCCAACCUAAUUCCAUCUUCGCUGGCUUUGUUGUUGGUUCAUCUAUGAAGUGCAGCCACCCUCCAUCUUUGCCGAAACCCAUUACGGCCAUUCUGUCCGUGGACCUUCUGGUUCGGAUCCUGGACCAUAUCGUCGACGCUGGAGACCGGAAAUCGUUCCGCCUUGUCUGCGAUCACUUUCUCCUAGCCGAAUCGCUUCACCGCCGAUCGCUCCGCCCGCUUCGCCUUAAGUAUCUUCCCUCUCUGCUCGGCCGCCGAUAUCCAUCCAUUGAAUCCCUCGAUCUCUCCGUUUGCCAUUCACUUGAUGAUAACUCCCUGGCCACCGCGAUCGCUUCCGGAAGCUACUGGCAGAAGCUACGCCGGGUGGGGCUCGCCAGAGCGAGUGGGGUUGGGUGGAAGGGAAUCGAAGCUCUGGUUACAACAUGUCCCUUAAUCGAGGCAAUCGACCUCUCGCAUUGCUGCGAGGUUGGCGAUAGGGUGGCGGCAGCGCUUGCUAAGGCCGCCGGGCUUAGGGAUUUGAGGAUAGAUAAGUGUCUCGGGGUGACAGAUGUCGGACUUGCCAUGGUGUCUGUGGGGUGCGGAAGGCUCGAGAGAUUGGGGAUUAAGUGGUGUAUGGAGAUUUCCGAUAUCGGUAUCGAUCUGCUUGUCAAGAAGUGCAGGAAUUUGAGGGUGCUCGAUCUGUCUUAUCUCCAGGUGACUAAUAAUUCUCUUCGUGCGAUCUCCUCCCUUGAGAAAUUUGAAGCUCUUUCUCUUGUAGGAUGCCGGUUCAUUGAUGACGAAGGCUUAGCUUUUCUCAACAAUGGUAGAAAUUCAUUACAGAGUAUUGAUAUUUCACGUUGCCAAAAUGUGACUUGGUUUGGCAUAGCUUCUGUAAUUGAAGGACACAGAAAUCUCCAGAUUAUUAAUAUGGGCGACUGUCACACUGAAGUUACCCCAGCCUUUCUGUCACAGCUUAGCCUCAUUAAAACUACCCUAAAUAUUCUAAAACUUGAUGGCCUACAAAUCUCAGAUUCUGGCCUUCAGAACAUUGGAUCCAACUGCAAUAACUUGAUAGAGAUUGGGCUCAGCAAAUGCCUUGGAGUGACUGACAAAGGCAUCGGUGAGCUCGUAUCGAGUUGCACCUGCCUGAGGUCCAUUGAUCUCACUUGCUGUCAUCUCCUCACCGACAAUGUUCUCACUGCAAUCUCAAAGUACUGUAUUAACCUUACCUGCCUUAGAUUGGAGGCUUGUUCUCUCAUGACAGAGAAGGGAUUUGGCCAAAUUGCUACUGGUUGCUCUCAAUUACUAGAGAUCGAUCUCACAGACUGCAGCAUAAAUGACAUAGCAUUGCAACACUUGACCAAAUGUUCAGAGCUAAAGGUUUUAAAAUUAGGUCUUUGUGCAAAUAUCACCAGCAAAGGCCUAGCUUAUAUUGGAUCAAACUGCAAUAAUUUAGAAGAAUUAGAUCUUUACCGAUGUGUGGAAGUCGAUGAUUAUGGAUUGUCUUUUUUAGCUGAUGGGUGUAAGAGGUUGAAGAAGCUAAACCUCUGCUAUUGCAUCCAAAUUACGAAUCAGGGGCUUCAGUAUCUGAGCAGCCUUGAAUGGCUAUCAGAUCUUGAGCUGAGGGGGCUUGUUAAUGUUAGUUCUAUGGGGAUUACUUCCAUAGCAUUUGGUUGCAAAAGCUUAGUUGAACUGGACUUGAAGGGCUGCUCCUCAAUAGAUGAUGCUGCCAUGUUUGCCCUUGCUCGAUAUUCCUUAAAUCUUCGGCAGAUUAAUAUAUCAAAUUGCUCAGUCUCUGGCGUCGGGCUGUGCAAGCUGCUUCGCACGUUAAAAUGCUUGCAAGAUGCGAAGCUGGUGCAGCUCACUCGAACGAGCGUGGAGGGCUUCGAGUUUGCUUUGCGAGCUUCACGAUGUAAACUAAAGAAGCUGAAGUUAGCUGGCGAUCUGAUGGAGCUUCUAUCCCCCAAACUUCUACAGAUGCUUCAGGCUAGGGGUUGCAGGAUUCGCUGGGUGGACAAGCCCAUGCUCUUCAACUCCCUCACAAUUGAAUGAAAUGCGAGUUCAUAAUGCUUAUUUUGCAUCUUUUGAAUUUUUGUCUCAAUAUAUAUGCCUUAUCUGAUGUGUUAAUGUUAUUAGGAUGGUGGAUUUACAUACAUACCACUGAAUUCUUAUGUGCUGCAUA